GAUAGUUAUCGAUAAGUGAUAGCCGGAGUGUUUUGCUUUUAUAAAACUUAGUCACGUCAAAAUGAAGCUACAAACUUUAUUGUUAAUUUGCGCUCUUUUUGGCGCCGCCGUUGCUAGUGAAACGCCGAAAGUGAAAAUAGGCGUUAAGAAGCGCGUGGAAAACUGCACGCGAAAAGCUAAAGGCGGCGACUUAAUACAUGUACAUUACAAGGGUACUCUACAAGACGGCACCGAGUUUGAUAGCAGCUACAAUCGUGGCAAGCCCUUCUCGUUUACUUUGGGUGCUCGCCAGGUGAUCAAGGGAUGGGAUCAGGGUCUUCUAGGCAUGUGCGAGGGCGAACGGCGCACCCUGACCAUACCACCUGAGCUGGGCUAUGGCGCCAGUGGUGCAGGUGGUGGCAAAAUACCACCCAACUCGGUACUCAUAUUCGAUGUGGAAAUGAUGAAGAUCGAAGCGAAGAACUCGGGGGAUGAACUUUAAAACGUAAUAUUUGCAAAUAAAGAACAAUUUUUUAAUAAA